AUGGGCAAACCGGUUUUUUACGUUGGGCAAUUGCCCCCCGGCUACGACCCUGAAUCCAGUAAACAAAACGGAAUUCGAAAAAAAAACAACGGCGUUCUGGGAGGCUACCAUUUUCCCUGCCCCUCAAGCCAUACUUCUUUGGGAGGAAUAGCGCUUACAAAAAUUGAUGCGGCACUAAAGAGCCUCAACGUAGCACUAACGAUACUACAAAUGUCUAAACUAGCGGCAUUUUGGAAGUACUAUUUCUCCAGCCCCCAGUUAUUGCAGAAACAAUAUUGCGAAUCUCAAGACUCCAGUGGUAUUUGGGAGGCUGAGAAAAUAGGCUUUGUCUAUGCCGCUUUUACUCGUAACUAA